AGAAAUCACUUCUCUAUAUCUUUGGUUGCCAACAACAAACUGCCAAUAGAUUUUCUAAAAUUGGACAAGUGUAAUAAUUAAUAUCAGCAGGCUUAGAUAGGUAUUCUCUUAUUAGAUCUAAUAACUUGGUAAAUUACUACUGAAAUAAUAUUUCUAGUCCACCUAUCAUUUCAAUAAUUUAGGACGUCUAGAGUUCCCGAGCUUCUAGGACACUUUCUACCAUCUAUUUCCAGACCUUCAAAAUGCCUACCUCGGCAGCUAAAAUGGAUGAGCCCUAUUAUUGCUCUCAACAAAUCAACAUUCCACCUGAACUUCCAGAUAUUCUAAAACAGUUCACUAAGGCAGCAAUCAGAACUCAACCAAAAGAUGUAUUAGCUUGGUCAGCAGCCUACUUCCGAGCCUUGUCCAAGAAUGAAAUACCACCUGUGAAAGAAAGAUUAGAAAUGCCAGUAGCAACUCAAAAGAUAGACAGUGGUCUUACACAAGGAUUGCUGAGAGUGCUAAAUAAACAACUUGGACCAAAGCUAACUGUGAGCGCUUCACUAGUGGAAGAGAAAUGGUGUGACCUGGCAUUGCCCAUUGAGCAGUUUCAAGACAUCAUGAGAGUUGGCAACUUCACGUCUAGCUUUGAAUGGAACAAAUUUUUUGCCCUGGCUGCAUCAACUCUUGGAGAUAACAUUACAGAUGCAAUGAAAACAAUAUGUGAGAUACUGACUAGUGACCCUGAAGGAGGUCCAGCUAGAAUACCAUUCAAACUGUUCCAAGAACUUUACUGCUUCCUUGCAGAGGUGGAUGGUGAAAUUUCUAGCCAACAAAUAACAGAUGUCAUUACUCAUCUCCAGUAUGAUGUAGAAAAACAAGACGGCUAUGUGAUGCCUCGUAACUUUCUCAGUGCUGAUUGCCCUCAGUUGUCUUAAAGUAGAGGACAUCACCUCAGCAUUGAUUUUUCACAAUUAUUAUAAUUUGUCAGUCUGUGGAGACUUAGACUGUUAUGCAACUUACAAUUUUAUUGUUUAUUAUUUUGAUAAAAAGUUAAAUCCCUCUUUAUGAGUUUUGAAAGCAGAUGUUGUUUUUUUCAAGUUUUGGCUUUUUUUUUUUUUUUUACAUUUAUGAUCAAAAUGGGGAAACAACACAGUUUUCCUAAAGUUGUAGAGAAUUAUCAAAAUGAUUUUUGUUUAAAACAUUUUAAUGAAGCCCACAACAAAAAAUGUUUCCAUAAAACUGUAGUCCUAUUUAAAAUGAACUGAAUCAGUCAUAUCUUUUAAAUUCCUCCACUCUGUAAUGUACAUAUAUGCCAUAUCCAUUUAUUAAGCACACUAUUGAUGCCGUCCAUACCAUUUCUGUGAUCAUUAAUUAAAAACUUACGUCUGUACAAAUGAAUGUUUGCUUACCUUGUGUUCCGUUUAAUAAAAAAAUUAUUUAUUUGUUAUAA